GAACAGCUUGGUGCCGGCGGAACGUUUGACGCGUCCGACAAUUUCUACACGGACGCUUUUGUGCAGGGAAGCAUAAACCACGGGGCUGACAAAAUGGAAGUGAAAAACGCCAACGCUGCUAUGCUCAGUAACUACGAGGUGUUCAAACUCCUGACAGACCUGAAGGAACAAAGGAAGGAGAGUGGGAAAAGCAAGAACAGCUCCGGGCAGCAGAACUUAAACACCAUCAUGUAUGAGACACUCAAGCACCUGUCGAAUACGCCCUGCAGCAGACAGAGUCCAGAGGUGGUCAAAGAGUUCCUCACCACCAUGAUGCCUCACAAACUCACCAAGGCUGAGAAACUGCAGCUACUGAACCACCGGCCGCAGACAGCAGUGGAAAUUCAGCUAAUGGUAGAGGAGAGUGAAGAGCGUUUAUCAGAGGAGCAGAUCGAGGAGCUCAUCCAGACGGUCGCGGUCAUUCUACCUGGUGACCCUGAGCAGGAAAAUACUGCACCAGCAGAAGCAGAGAUGGAUGAACAGUCAUGAUGCAGUGAAAGGCCUGAAAUGACCCACAGGUGAAGAAUUGGACUGGUUGCUUUAUUUCUUAUCACUGCUUGAACUGAACAAUGUCCUGACAGACAUGGCUCACAGUACAUGGAUAUCACUGAAAAGCCUCAUUGAAUGAUUCACAUGAAGGUGAAAAUACACACGUUGUGUUGUCAUUUAUAUGUGUACAAACAGCUGGAUUCAGAUCCCAUGUGUGCACUCUUUCUUAAUUACAGGUUUUUGAACAGUGACUUGUUUUGCUCCUGACUCUGACACCGAUUUGUAUUUCACAGCAGAUAAUAUUUUGGCAGAGACCGUCUGCUAUUAACUUGUUUUUAUUUUUUGUUUCUUUAUGAUUUCCAAAGCUAUAAUAUAUCAUAAUAUGUCAGUCAUGCCGUUAAACCUGCAUUAGUCAGACAGUAUUAUUACAGUGACUAUGAAACAACAAGUACAGUUGGGACCAUGAGGUGACUGGGUUGAAACGUUGUCUUCUUUUUUAAACUUGCUGACCUUUUCGCUCAGUAACAAAAUGAAACCUAACAGCCGUGAAUGAAAGAAAAGGCAUUAACACCAAUUUCUGCAGAUGUUUUAUGAAUGUUGAUGUGCUGAAGACAAAAUGAAAAAGGUACUUCUGGUUCUCAUGUGGUGCAGCAUAACAGACUGAACAGCCGCUGCUGAAGCAAGGCCAUUAUCUGAAACUCCUUUGACACUGGUGUCACCUUCAGCUCCUGAAAAGAAGUGUAUCCUCUCUCUGUGCGAUGCAGUAAGUCAGUGAAUGCAGCACUAAGGUUGACAGCACCUGUGGGAUACCAUGUACAAAACAUGUUGGUCAUUCUAUUUGCUGUAAAUUGAGUUAUUUUAGGAGCUUGUCUUGGUAUAUUUAUACACUAUUGUAGUCAUUUAGUACACAGGCAUUAUUACUGUUGCUACUCAGAAAUUACACAGUACAUAUUGUAGACUGAUACACAAACCCACAAUCUCUUUAGCAGCUGACGUUGAAUCAGCUUGUGUUUUCUCUGCCGGGAUGUUGUGAAGUAGUAAAAUAAGAACGUGCUGGUUAGACUUGUUUCCUGUUAGUGCAUCACAUUCAUUUCCUAUUCUUGCUUUAUACCUUGUAGGGGCAAGAUACAUGAGGCAAAGUGAAUGUUGCCUCAUGGAUCAGUUGGUCUAACACAAAACCAUGUACUCAUGCAUAACACUGCUAAAUCUGACCAAAAACAUUAUAUAUGACACAAUUAACUGGAGGACCCUGUGUGUGAAAUGAAGUGACAGUGAAGCGAUAGAGUUUUGUCAGACUGAAAUGAGUCACUUAGUUUCACUAGUUUCUUUCAUAUCAUUUAUAAGUUAAAAACAACUUUAAGCCCACACAGGUGCAGGGAGAACAUGGCGACAGAGAACACCCAGGGGUUUGAACAGGGGGCCUAGUUGUUGAGAAGCAACAGUGCAAAACACUGCACCAC